CUAUCUAUCUCCUUGUAGACUCACUUGAGUAGUGACUUUUUCUUGCCUUCUUAUUCACAACCCACGCCACUCCAUUUCCUACAUGACAAAUUCAAUCUCCUUCAUUCACUUCUGUCCCUCUUUACAAUCCUCUUCUUCUGUCACCAUAGAAUUCCAGUUUCCCUCCUCUUACUACUUGUCUCCAUCAUCUUCUUCUAUUCUUGCAUGGUCAGUGAAGCUGCCAAUAUGAAAUAAAUUUAAGUGUGGUGUGAAGUGUUGCUGAAUUGGUUUUGCUCGAGUCUGUUGUUUCCUUUUGUCCUUUUUGUUGCUAGAACUUGUUUUGGUUUAAUGAGUCUUACUUCACUUCAAGUUUGCAUGGAUUCCACUGAUUGGCUUCAGGGUACGAUUCACGAGGAGACUGGAAUGGAUUCUUCUUCCCCUUCGGGGGAUAUGCUAACAUGUUCAAGGCCAUUGAUAGAGAGGAGGCUUAGGCCACCGCAUGACCAAGCUCUAAAGUGUCCAAGGUGCGACUCAACACACACCAAAUUUUGUUACUACAACAAUUACAGUCUUUCUCAGCCAAGGUACUUCUGCAAGACUUGCAGAAGGUACUGGACUAAAGGGGGGACUUUAAGGAACAUUCCUGUUGGUGGUGGGUGUAGAAAGAAUAAGAAAGUAGCUAAAAAAUCGAACAGUAAUGAACAUCAUCAACCCAUUAACCAGAACAACCUCGGAUCAUCAUCUUCUCAUCAUAAUCCUACUGAUCUUCACCUUUCAUUUCCUGAUCAAGUCCAAUUCUCACAUCUUAAUAACAUACUUAACACUCAAGGGACACUUGCAAACCCUACUUUCAUGGAGAGUAAGUACAGCAUCGGUAUGCUUGAAAACCCUAGGCCUAUUGACUUUAUGGAGAGCAAGUUAGAAGCAAUAGUUGGAUCAUCAAGCACUUCUAGGAACUAUGAUUUUAUGGGGAAUAGUGAUAUGGGCAUGGUUAGUGGGCUUGGAGAUCAAAUUAAUCAUCAUCAUCAUCAUCAUCAUCAUCACCAGGGAUUAGCACCAAACUAUCACGGUCUUUGCUCUCCAUUUGGUAUGUCCAUGGAUGGGAGUAACGGAACGUUCAUGGAAACUUGCCAAAGGUUAAUGCUUCCGUAUGACCAUCAAGGGAAUGAUGAGCAAAACACAAUCGAUGUCAAGCCCAAUGCGAAGCUCUUAUCCCUUGAAUGGCAAGAGCAAGGUCAAGGGUGCUCUCAUGAUGGUGGGAAAGACACAUUUGGGUACUUAAACAAUUUGGGAUCAUCAUGGACCGGGAUGAUGAAUGGUUAUGGAUCAUCAACAACCAACCCUUUGGUGUAAUCUAAAAGAACAUCAAUUCGCCUUUGAUAAUGGAAAGGUUUUGUUAUUUUCUCUUUUGGUGCUUCUUUCUAUUAUAAGGUGGUCAUAUAUAUGAAAUUAUCAUUGACUUGACAAAGGAGCAGCAGCAGAAGGGGUGUGUGAAUGAGAAGUUUAAAGAGUCCAAAAAUGACUGCCUUUAGUAUCUUACUGUUUGAUUUAUGUUCCUUAUCUUGUUUCAUAUCUUUCUUUCUUCUAAUUUGAUGUCUUUUUUGUUAUAAGACAUUUCAAAGCUCUAGGAUUUUAUUGUUAUAUCGAGGAAGAUAUGGUAGUGCUUUUUCUUAGCUUACAAAAAUAUCUAUAAUAUUAAUAUGCUAUUACAGCAGUA